CAUUUGAGCACGACUGUAGUAAUUUUAAUGGUCUCCUAAGAUACAAGACCGAUUAUCAAUUAUAGUUGUGCGACUAUUGUUAGAAUAUAUGAUUUUAUGAAACAUUGGAUAAACAAGGCAUAACGCACAUCAUAAAUGUUUUAAUAUGCAAGCGUUCCAUGCCUAUUUGAACAAGGCUUGCCGAUUUUAUAUAUGAACGCGCUAUACAAAUGAUUUAUUUAUUCCAGGUUUUUAAAACAGAGUCAGACAAAAAGUGCGUAAUGGCAGCGAACUGACAUUUAAAUUUAAGUUUUAGUAAACAUGAGUUGAUUUAAUUCAAAAUAUCACGGAAAAAAAACAAUGUGGAAUUUAUUGCAUUCAAGUUGUUUGCUGCUGAUGAGCCUAUUUUUCAUCACGGGAUCUGCGGGUCAAAAUUCGACGUAUGUAGUAGUUUUGCCGGGGCAAGAUAUACUGAAUGGAACAGAAAACUCACAAAUCAAGUAUGAACUAGUUAUGACCACAACUUCCUCUACCCCUGUGGAUGUGAUUAUAACCGGUGUUGGUGGUCAGAUCGGAUCGACAUUGUCUGUCGCAGAUAAAGAGGUUUACAUUUUCUCCCACACACAUGGUAUGAACGGAUCACAGUAUGCGAACAAGUCAAUUAUAGUUAGUUCGUCCAACGGUCGUUUUACUCUACAAGUGUUUGUAAUAAGAGAAGACUUCAACCAUAUUGAAGGGUACCUUGGAAUUCCAAUCGAGUCUUUGACAGGCCCGCAUCAACCGCCAGGUCAAACUGUGUACAGUUAUGUUGUAGCGACGUUCUGUGACGUUGGUGGCUAUUGUCAACUCUCGGUCGCUGCUUUAAACGACAAAACACCAAUCUCGAUAGUGUUGCCUAGCAACGUUGAAGAAAUAGUUUUGUGCAGGUCAAAAAGCUACAUUCGCACCAAGAGAGACACGACACUUACUUUAAAUAGAUUUGACGCUCUCCAGCUUGAGAGUACGUAUGACUUAACCGGAACUGUUAUUUACAGUUUCAUGCCGAUUGUUGUGUUUGCUGGCUCCCGGAAUGUUACUAAUGGAGGCAUCGUUGCCCAUACAGUGGAGCAACUGGUCCCUACUUCGCAUUGGGGAUCUGAAUAUAUUGUUACAAAUUUAGGCACGAACGGUUAUGGUGAUAUUCUUAAAAUAGUAAGCCACUGGAAUGACACUAAAGUGAAAAUGUCGGGUUACCCAUCGUUUGUUAUGAAAGAUCAGUUUCAUACCACUGUGAGACGCCUUGAUAAAGGACUUAACAGUCAUAUUAUUGCUUCCCAUCCAAUCCAAGUAGUACAGAUCACUGGCUUGACAUAUGCUACUUCAAAUGAAACAUCAUCCCUUAGCAUGACAGUUGUACCCUCAGUACGUAAUGCUUUUACAGGACAGAUCAAGGUCGCAUGUCAAAGUGAAAGCACCGUCAAAGGAGCAUUCUUCAUCACAUCAGGGAAGCUUUCCAGUGAGACAAGAAUCGAUAACCAGAAUGUAGUAGAUAAAACCAAAAUCAAAUACAGUGACUUCUUGAUAAGUACUAAAGAAGCGAAUAGUCAUCUGUCAUUUAAAAUAGAGAAUACAGACGGUGCCAGUGGCAUAAUGAAAUGUGACGAUCAAGCAACCAUGCCAACCUCUGUUAUCUUCAACGAGAAUGUCGACAAUACUCAAGUAUUUUCUCCAAAUUAUACUGGAGGCACUUGUUAUGAGGGCGGGAAAGCGAGUACAGUAUUCGACUCCUCAAUGAGCAGCUCAGCACCCUACACGCUUAGUCUUCUAGAUCAUCCAGGACAUGUUUUACAGAUGAGAGUUAAAGUAUGUGGCGAGGCUGCAUUACAAUUCUUCAUGAAUGACGAUGACCUCACGAAUUCUGUGUUCCUUACAGUAACACAUACUCAGGUGACAAUCACCAAAUGUUUAGAGAAUUGUGGAACAGGUCAGGCGGCAAUUAUAAGCGAUAAUAAAGAAUUCAAUUCUGUAGACAGUGCAAAUUGGGAUUGUAAAACGGACAUGGCUUUUUUCUGGUUUACCCAAAAGACUGAGGCUUCGAAAAACUAUUUUUGCUUCGGGAUUGGCAAAUACGACGACACCAAAUGCACGGGAAUUGAAACAGAUAGCUUUUUCGAAGUAUCUAGUCCGUUCAAAAUGGUUAAAUUGAUGGGUGUUGCAUCCGACGCAGCCUUUAAUUGGGAUUUUAUUGAUAAAGCAGGAUGUGAUGUUUACGAAUCAGACUGGCGGUGUAUGGAUAGAUGGACAAAUUGUUCUGCAUAUGGUUCUAGCAUGUGCUCCGAUAGUACACUCACAGAUUUCGUUAUGUACAAUUGUGCAAAGUUUUGUGGAAAAUGUUUCGCCGAUAGCUAUGGACAUAAAUUUCUAUUCAAAAUUCCUACAGUUGGACGGGAAGUUAAAGCUUGUUCAAUAAUUGUGUCACCACUUAAUCAACAAACAAACGUCGCUUUCACUGAACUUGACGAAAUUCCUACAGUGCGAUCCCAACCAGAAUAUGUUCGUCUCGGGACGCGAAAUGAUAACGGAGAAAUAUAUUAUGACUGUACAGACCAAAAGCGAUUGAAGUAUGUUUAUGAAAUAACGUCUGAUGACGAUGUUUCCGUUGUCGUUGUAAUAAAGGUUGCCGAAGAAUUUGUAAGUGCUCGAAUAUAUCCUGUGGACACGUUUGACACUCACUUUAUGCCAGUUGAAAAUAACAAGGAAAAAAAGAAGUGUUAUUUUGUGUCCGAACAUGACAUCGUAAACCUUAAGGUAUAUUAUUCCAUCAACUUAGCUUCUACAUCAAAUGAAUCUCAUAUUGAUGAUGCAAAAAUUGAGAACAAAAAUCCAAAAAGAACUCUUACAUCGGAAAGUAAAAACGACCUUACCGGAAUUUCAAUACUUUUUGAUAAGCCAUCUGCUGUAUUUUGUGCAGAUUUGUUUUCAACUAAAACAUUAGGUAACCAUUUCACUCAGCUAAUGCCAACAAACACUUGGUCAACUGAAUAUACUAUUCCUGCAUUUGAGGUCGAUGUCAUCAACCGACCAUUUGACGGAAGACUCAUAAUUGUAUCUAAUGCCGACAACACAAUAGUAAAUAUAUCUGGUGGAUUUGAUGCUGUUCAUGCCAUAUAUAGCAGAGGGGAUAAGAUUGAGCAGGAAAUAGACGUUUCAGUUUCUUAUCGAAUCAAGGCAUCCGAAAAUAUAGCUGUGGCGUUGUAUCUAUACGACCCUACAGACGAGAGUAAAUCAUCAUACACCUUGUUACCUCCGACACAAAAUUUUCAUGACACGAUGAUUACGUCAGUUCCAAACAAAAUUAUGAGCAGCCUACAUAGCUUUGAUGUGACAGAGAUUAAAACAUUUUAUGUUGACGGGAAUCUCAAUUCCGCCAUAACAUCAAAGUUUGCAGACGACAAUCAACCUUUUUAUAGGCAACAGAUGCUUGGAAGCGAUAGAUUUGAGAUGACGAUUGUAAAAUCUGGUACAGAAAAGUGGUUUUCGGUUCCAGGCAACAGUAAAGCUGCAUUUUUACAAAUGGAUCGAGACGUUUGCAGCAUAUCAAUACAAGAAUCUGUAGGUGACGGUAUAGACAAUGAUUGCGAUGGACUGAAAGAUGAAGACACAUGUUUUGGUCCUUAUGGCGUCUAUAGAGAAGAUUACGAUCUCGAUGGAGGAUUUGGCGAUGACUGUGUUGAAGAAUUAAAUGAACCUGUAAUAGUUACUGCACCAACAGAACCAUUGUGUCUGGAAAUCAAAAAACCUAAGGAUCAGUGCUGGACCGUAUGCACUUGCAGCUGUGCCUGGGUAGAGAAGUACGAGUCUCAGAAAAACCUGACACACGAUGAACUUGUUGAAGCCCAGCAGGAAGAUAUUCAGCAAAUACAAAGUGAACUAAAGGUCGACCCAAACGCUUUGCAGACAGCAUCGGCGCAGAAAGAGAGCGCUAGCGAUGAACGUCAGAGUGCUGCAAACAUUGGUUAUGUUGGAAUUGGUUUGUUUGCUCUAGUCUUUGGUACGAUCUUCAUCAUGGACAUAUCUUCUCUUGUCAGGGACGCAUGCAUCCUUUUCUCCAACCUACGUGAAGGAUUUCAACGGCUUUCUGAUUGCAUCAAAGGGAAACUGUGUUAAAUUGUCAUCCGUUUGGUUUUCACUUUUUUAUUUAUUUUCUUUUUUCGUAUGAAUAUUCAUUCAUAAAAUAAAAAGGGGAAGCCAAACGAAAUAAAUUUAAAAUGGGCCUUGUCAAACUGCGUAUUAGUAAUAAAGUUUACAUACCACGUUUUUAUACGCAAAUAGGUAACAAACGAUUUUUAUCAAAUUGUUGGCAAAAAGUAAAAAUAUGAAAGAAUGUAACGCCGAAUUCAUGGGCUUUAAUCCGUUUUUUUAUAUAUUUUUCAAAACAUCUUAUAGUCUAAUCAUCAAAAAAUCUAGAUAUAUAUUCAUUGCGGUUUUUGUAGAAAAAAAGUCUAUGAAAUAUAUUUCUACAACUUCAUGUAAAAUUUGAUAAAAACGUGCCAUAUUCAUCAGAUACAUUUAUCCAUUUCCUGAUUGCUUAUUUGAAGCAAUUUACAUAUAAAAAACUACUAUUUUAUAUAUUACAUUUCUUCAAUUUGGUCAUGGCUUUCACAGGUUUAACAUGUAUAUGAUAAUGUAAAUAUUUAAGUAAUUUUUCAUCAAGAAAUAGUCUGACGACAGCAUAAAAUCCUUAUUGGCAUCGCUUGGAAAGAGUUUUUGACCAGGUCUGCCGGUCAAUUAGCUGAUUUAAUACACACAUGAUGUCUAACAAUUUUUUUAUUCAAAUUGGUAGAUCCACAAGGAAAUUUGUCUUUGUUAGUGAUAUUGUUGUUGUUAUUGUUUGUGUUUGAUGUUUUUUACGGCUAUGUAUCUGUGAUAGUAAAUGUU